ACAGUCAGGGGGUAGAAUUGAAGCCAUUAGUGUUACAGUACCUACCCGAGUUAAAUACCACUUUGGAAUGCGUCCUCGGGCUAUUCCAUAAUUCCCCAUUUAAGAGUCAACUGGAAUCUUUUCCCACACGGAUAAGUUCAUUGAGAAAAGAAAAGAAAAAACGCUUACAAGACAUUGUCAUAAUUCUUCCAUUUCUCCCUUUAAUCCAGAGUGACUGCUGGGAAUGUUUAAGUACUUCCAGAAACAUUUCACACUGAACUGGGCCGAAUGCAAGAGACGGAGGUCACGUCUGGUGUCAAAAGAUGGAAGGUGUAACAUAGAAUUUGGGAAUGUUGAAGAAGAGUCCAGAUUUGUUUGCCUGAUUGACAUCUGGACCACCAUCCUGGAUCUGAGGUGGCGGUAUAAGAUGACCAUCUUUAUUUCAGCUUUCUUGGGAAGCUGGUUCUUCUUUGGCCUUCUUUGGUAUGUAGUGGCCUACAUCCAUCAAGAUCUGCCAGAGUUCAGCCCUUCUAUAAACCACACACCUUGUGUAGAUAACAUCAAUGGCUUGACUUCAGCUUUCCUCUUCUCCCUGGAGACCCAGGUCACUAUUGGCUAUGGGUUCAGGUGUGUUACGGAACAAUGUGCCACGGCAAUUUUUCUUCUCAUCUUUCAAUCUAUCCUAGGAGUGAUCAUCAACUCCUUCAUGUGUGGGGCCAUUCUGGCCAAAAUCUCCAGACCCAAAAAGAGAGCGAAAACGAUCACCUUUAGCAAAAAUGCUGUGAUUAGUAAACGAGGUGGAAAACUCUGUCUUCUCAUCCGGGUGGCCAAUCUCAGGAAAAGUCUGUUGAUUGGAAGUCACAUCUACGGCAAACUCCUGAAAACUACCAUCACCCCUGAAGGAGAGACGAUCAUCUUGGAUCAAGUCAACAUCCAUUUCAUGGUUGACGCAGGCAACGAGAACCUUUUCUUCAUCUGCCCCUUGACGAUUUACCACGUCAUCGACAAGCACAGUCCCUUCUUUCACAUGUCAGCUGACACCCUCCUUCAACAUGACUUCGAACUGGUGGUGUUUCUAGACGGGACCGUAGAAUCCACCAGCGCGACUUGCCAAGUACGGACGUCGUACAUUGCCGAAGAGGUCCUGUGGGGUUAUCGCUUCGCCCCCAUCGUUUCGAAGACCAAAGAAGGGAAGUACAGGGUGGAUUUUCACAACUUCAGCAAAACCGUGGAAGUGGAAACUCCACAUUGUGCGUUCUGCCUCUACAACGAGAAGGACGCCAAAGCCAAGGCAAAGAUGGGAUUUGAUAACCCUGCCUUUGUGUCCCAUGAAGUUAGUGAACCCAAUGAGACAAAGAUGUGACUUUAUUGCCCCGUGGGACUCAUGUGUGUAUGUGUGUGUGUGUGUGUCUGUGUGUGCUUACUUUUUGAUUUUCCUGAGAUGUGCCAAGAAUACCUAAUGGUUUUCUGUUGGGGGGGAAAAAAUGAACUGGUUUCUUUUGUUGAUCAUAAGCAACCAGAAAAGAUUAUGAAGUAGUAAUUCCCCCAAUAUCAUAAAAUUUGGGACACGAUGGCUCAGUGGCUAAUACACUGAGCUUGUCGAUCAGAAAGGUCGGCAGUUUGGCGGUUCGAAUC